AACUUCCUGGUAGUAGAGUGUGAAACCACUUUGUAGUUUAUGAACUAGAACACAGUCAGGAGUACUACUGCUGUUGCCUUCCAGCGCUGGGUCUUGGAAGAUUGUCCAUCAUGCUGUUCUGCGAGGUUUAUGCAGAGAUGAAGCCGGAUUCGUUCGAGUCAGAGCCGCGCUUACAGCCCACUGACCGAGUCUUGGACCUGGGUCUGGCAGAAGAUCACCUCUCUCACCCUGUGGACUCGUUCAUCUCCUCGGAUAUCGAGCAUCUGAAGCAGGCCAUUGAGGACUGCAGGCACCUCAUCCUGGAGCUGCCAGAGCACUCGGAGAAGCAGAAAGACACGGUGGCCAAACUGAUUCACCUCCGCCUCAAACUGCAGGAACUCAAGGACCCUGGUGAAGACAAGCUCAAUAUGCGAGUCCUGCUGGAGCAUCGAUUCUACAAGGAGAAGAGUAAAAGCAUCAAGCAGACCUGUGACAAGUGCAGCGUCAUCAUCUGGGGGCUCAUCCAGACCUGGUAUACCUGCACAGGUUGUUCCUAUCGGUGCCACAGCAAAUGUCUGAACACCAUUGCCAAACCCUGCAUGAGGUCAAAGGUCAGCCACCAGUCUGAGUACGAGAUGAACAUCUGCCCGGAAAGCGGACUGGACAGCCAGGAUUACAGGUGUGCAGAGUGUCGGGCACCUGUCUCGCUGAGGGGCAUCCCGAAUGAAGCGAGACAGUGCGACUACACUGGUCAAUAUUACUGCAGCAACUGCCACUGGAACGACAUGGCUACCAUCCCUGCUCGAGUCAUUCACAACUGGGAGUUUGAGUCCAGAAAAGUGUGUCGCUCUUCGAUGAGGUACCUCAGCUUGAUGAUAUCACGGCCUGUCCUAAAGCUCAAAGACAUCAACCCAUUGCUCUUCAACUUUGUGGAAGAGCUGGUGGAAAUUCGGAAACUGCGUCAGGACAUCCUGCUGAUGAAGCCGUACUUUAUCACAUGUAAAGAAGCCAUAGAGGCCAGGCUGCUGCUACAGUUGCAGGAGCGGCAGCACUUCGUAGAAAAUGAUGAAAUGUACUCCCUGCAAGACCUGAUUGACAUCUCCAGUGGACGCCUGAGCUCCUCUUUAACUGAAAUCCACACCACCUUCGUCAAGCACAUCAAACUGGACUGCGAGAGAUGCCAGGCGAAAGGUUUUGUGUGCGAAUUGUGUAAAGAAGGAGAUGUCCUCUUCCCCUUUGACAGUCACACCUCAGUGUGUCCCGACUGCUCCGCUGUUUUCCACAGGGACUGUUACCAUGACAAUUCCACCACCUGCCCAAAAUGUGCAAGGAUGUCAGAGCGAAAACAGCCUGUGGUGCCCCUGGUCAGCCGGGAGUGAUAAAACAAGAGGAAGCCUCGUCUAAUCGAAUACUGGUGCCCAGAUAGUUAGUGGAAUAGGAAGUGCUUAAAACAGAGCUUAGAGCUUGCCAGUGCUGGACAAGUAACAGCCUGGUGCUCCACAACAAAGACGCCUUGUUUUAUACAGAUUUUAUAUGUAUACCAGUAAUGAAAAUGGAUGUAAAUACAGCCUUCAGGAAAGUAGACACAGUAGCUCUGUUGACAAAAAAAAUAGACAAGCCUGUUGUAGAUUUAAGGCAUGUGGAACCUUGCUUUCAGGCUAUUAUUGUUAUUAAUCUUUAGGAUUUGUUUUAUAUUUAGAUCUCCUAAAAUCUGGCAGUCUAAUCCUGCCUUGGCAGGUUCUUUUUAGAAUACUACAUUCCAUACAAAUAACUGAAUCUGUGGACAGUUUACCACUAUAAUUCAGGCAGAACCAGGGAGUUCAAAGGAAACAAAGGAAUCCUUACCUUAAACUUCUGAACAGGCUGACUGGUGGUUACGUCAGGCCAGGAAAUGCAGGACGCAGAGUGGUGAGCUGAAUUGAGCUGGUGUGCAGAUUUAAUAAGCAAACAAACAGUUAUCACAAAAUGGAAAACAAAUGGCACGUUGGCCAAAAUAAUAGACAGAUACAAAACAGACAAGAAACAAAACACAAGUAUCGUGCUGCUGUAAACCAGCACGGGUAACAAUUGCUUUCUAAUAAUAUAGACUUGUCUCACAACUCGCGUCACGUCACCACAUACAACAUAAAACACAAAAACUAUGCACAGGGGUGUGGCACCAUGCCACACACUGCAAAAGGAAACUGUCCAAGUAUCCAAAACAUAAUAAUAAAACAAACAUUAUAGUAUAUUGUACUGGGAGAAAUCCCUAUCGUCUUUCCACAACUUGUUGUAUUAUAUGUGAUGCAUAAUACAGCUCCAAACAAUGAAGGUAUAUUCAGGCAAAAACAUGUAUAUACAGCACACAUCAACACACUCAAUGCCAGUGUCCCUGAAGGUCACACGGCAUAUUGACAUAUGAUGGAUAGACAAUAAGGCAUGUAUGGAAGGGGGACAAUUUGGAAAUGUUGCACUAAAAUGACUCAAAAGGGCCAAUAGGCAUGAUCUCAAUACAGGAUUUGUAACACUUAAUUUAUCUAUAUAUCUGAAAAUCCAUUCAAUGUUUGGAGACAUGUAGAUCAGAGUGGUGGUGAGCGACAGUAGUAAGACAGAUGUACACCAAUUAUAUAUAAUUAUGUAUAGGUUUGUAUUCCCAUUUUAAAUAAUGAUAUACAGCAUACUAAUAUUGAUUAUAAAAUCUCUGUGAAUUGUUUUUGCUGAAUGGUAAAAUAAGUGUUGCAUUGCUACAGAAUAGUAUACUGGUUGAUUGAUUUUUUUUAUCCCCCUUAAUAGAAAAUUACAUGAAUCGGUUUGUGGCAUUUUUGGAAGAAGCACGAACAAAAGGACAGUAGUGUAACAGAAUAUUCACUGACAUUAUUCAUUAUGGUUAGGCUUCGGCUCACCACGAGCCUCUAUAGUAUUAAACGGUUACAGAUAGAUUAUUCAUUAUUUGUUGUUCAAAGUCUGAAGUGUGCACAUUUGGAUUUGAUGCAUACUACUUAUGUUUACUGUGUAAUUAUUUGUUUUAAAAUAAUUGAAUGCUUGUUGCCUUAUCAUUCACCAGACUAUACAGUUAAAUGUAAUGACACUUUUUUAGAAUUACACUAUAUAUUCCAGCCACUAUCAUUUAUUUUGCCUUAUGAAGCAUAAUAGAAUUCACUAUUGUUAAGUACCUCAAGCAACUAUAAACUGUUAUAUUAUGCCAUUGACAAAUUAUGUGGACAUGUAUUAUUGAUGCAUGAAUAAAAUCCUAAUUAUACUGCCAAAACGGUGUAUUUUGUGACUUCACAAUUGACAAACCCCAUACAAACUCAAAAUGGAGUUCUUGGAUGUAAAUCUGCAUUACCAUUGCCUUCUGGAUACUGCUCUUCAUGAACAAGCUGUGCCCGUGAACGGACCUUUCACCCUUCAAGCAGGUUAGCUGAGGUCUGGUUAUGGCCUAUCAGUGUUGCAGUAUUCAGCACUGACCCGUCUCCUCAAGAAAAGCAAAACAGCAAUACGUAAGCUUAAAGAUAAGGUGGAUCCUAGUCAAAAACCAUUAAAGACUUUGUGAUACCCAAAAUGAAACUGACAAAAAAAUGUAUUAUAACAUGACCAUUUGUGUACACAACUAA